AUGAGUUCGCAACAAGAUCCUUUCGAAUAUGCGCUGAAAUCGAACGAUGCAUGGGCAAAUUACAAAGGCCAUCAGAACCCAACCUUCUUCCCAAAGCUCGCCGAGGGGCAAUCACCUAGUAUCCUCUGGCUCGGCUGCUCUGACUCCCGCGUUCCCGAAACCACUCUCCUCGGCCUACAGCCCGGCGACGUCUUCACGCACCGCAACAUAGCCAACAUCCUAUCCCCCACCGACCUCUCCUUCCUCUCCGUGAUCGAAUACGCCGUCUCGCACAUCAAAGUCCAGCACAUCGUGCUCUGCGGCCACACGGGGUGCGGCGGGUGCCUGGGCGCGCUAUCAGACUCGCGGAUCGGCGGGGUGUUGGACGCAUGGCUCACGCCGUUGAAAGCCGUGCGCGCGGCCAACGAAGAGGAGCUGAAGGCUAUCGUGGAUGAGAAGGAGCGCGCGGGCAGACUGGCGGUGUUGAAUGUGCAGAGGGGCGUGGAGGUCUUGAUGAGUACGUGGGUUGUCGAGGAGGCGGUGCGAGAGCGCGGCUUGAAGAUCCAUGGCGUGUUGUAUGAUAUUGGCAUAGGCAAGAUCCGGGAUCUCGGGUUCGGGAAUGGAGAGGGCAAGGGUGUGCAUCAAACGGCGGAAGUGGAGGGGGAGCUUGUCAAGGGAAAUCAUGGGGAGCUUGUUUUUGUGGGUGGGGGCGCUAGUAUGGCUAUCCGGUGA